GGCUGCUCCGCUCAUUCCCCGGGACGCCGAGGCAGAAACCGGCCGGCGCUAUGGCCAGCGUGAAGGAGAAGGCGGCGGCUUUGAAUCUCUGCGCGGUGUACAGUCCAGCCAACAAGCCUCCAGGUAGGCGGCGGGGCGGGUUCAGGGCUGCUUCUUCUGUUCUCCGGGGGGAGAAGGGAGACUGCGGGGCAAAGCGGCUCCACUUAAGGCAGGUGGGUGCGGUGGGCUCCCCGCCUCUUCUCGCUCUUAAGGGUCGGCUCCUAUAAAGUCAUAUGCAAAGCCGCCUAUCCCGCGUCCUCGCCUCCCCAAUUUCGCCCCGUGGGGCGGGCGGAAGGCGCUUUCUCUGACCGGCCGCAGGUGGAGGCAGCGCCCGGGUCUGAUCGACGGAUGGACCUUUGGCCCGACCCGCCGCGGUUGCUCUGAUGCAACCCCGUAUCUUUUCCCUUCGAUGGCUGUCUCCUCUUUUCUGGGAGAUGGUUGGCCUUAGCCCUGUUGGAAGGUCAGCCGAGCGGUCAACAGAGCGGCGUUGUUGUUGUUUUGCUCUUAUUCUGGAGGGGUCCAGUUGCUCGGGCAGAAUCCUGUUUUAUUAUAAAUUUGUAUACUGCCCUUGUAUACUGAUCUCAGGGCGGAUCGCAGCAGAAGAACGCAUAAUAAAAACAAGAACAAAACAAACCAAUAAUUCCUCCACCCCCUCUCACAAACACAUUUAAGAGGUUAAAAAUGUUAAUUAUUGUGCCUAAGGGCUAGGAUGGCGUGGACUUACCUCCUCCCAGCUCUGGUAGGUUUGCUGUUUCCGGACCUGCCGCUGGGCAAGCUAUCUCUGUGUGUGUGGUUAGAGCUGGUGGCCUGUUUCUUCAGGUUGGCUGGAGUCGCUGGGUAAUAUGCAAGAAGCCUUUCGUCGACAGAGGAAGCUCUUCUAGCUUGCUUUACUUACUCACAUUUCUACGUUAAUUUCAUAAAGUGCUUUCAUUCCCUCGCUUCCCGCAAUAGGUCUGUUCUGUCUCUCGUAACUGAACUGCUCUCCAAAAGCCGGAGGCGCUAUUCAUCAGCAUAUUGGGUUCCUUCUUAAUAUAUAGCUGUGGAUAAAUUGCUGUUUAAGUGUGAUCAGCUUCAUGCUGGCUGUGUGAUCCCUAUGGAAGUUCAUAUAUGUAAAUCUGCAGGAGCUGCUCUCUUGUGGACUGUCUUCCAGGAGAGGAAAUACUUUCCUCCCAGUUUGGGUACUCUUCUGGGAGGCAGCCUUGACUCCAAUGUUGUUAGCAAACAAAGCUUUCCCUGGGGUCUGUUUGGCAACAAGAAUUAGAAAAGCUGUAGUGCUGUUGGCUAUGGUAUGGUAUGGUAGAUUUUUUGUUUUAAAAAAAGGAACUUUUUUUUUUUAAUCUCUGCAGAACUACUCAGGCAUUUGAAUUUACUGGUCUGAUACAGACAGUACCAGUAGAUUUAGGUGUUCUGGGGGCAGCCUUUGCAUCCUCAAGUACUUGACUAUAAACAUUAUGGUCAUAGGCAUAAAAAUUUGAUGGGUGAAUGUACCAGGUGUCUGUGUCUCGGGCAUUUGUUUUAAUAAUAAAAAAGACCGUUCUGUGCUGAUGGCUUUGCUGUAAUUAUAAAGUACAAGUAGUAACCAUAACACAUGCUUUCAAAAUACAUCUCUCUCUCUCUCUCUUUCUCUCUCUCUCUCUCUCUGCAACUUUAAUCCUGAGUGGACACAAGAGCUUUUACAAUCUUGUGAAGAAUCAUGGUCACCUGUAAAAUACCUUCUUUCUCUUUCCCUCCCCCACCUCAGGAAUUUGAAAUGGCAGCCUUGCAUAGAAGAAUCUAGGGCAAGUGUGGGCAAGACUCUCCCACAAAAAAGUAUAUCACAAAAGUUUCUCAGUGAGAAAAUGAAGAUCCCCAAUAUUGUCAGUAAUUGACUGACAGCUGCUUUAUAGGGUCUCUGUCUCUGGCAGAGAGAAAUCUUUCCCAGCCCUGCUAACUGAUAGCAUAUUUAUAGUUACGGGAACAUAACUGUUAUAUUCCCUUGAGUCAAACCUUAGAGCAGGGUUGGGGAGCCUCUGUCCUUCCCCAGAUGUUGGAGUCCCAGAGUCCAUCAUCCCUGACCAUUGACCAUACUGGCUGAAGUUUAUGGGAGAUGGAGUCCCACUCCACCUGGCAGGCAAAAGGUUUCCCAUCCCUGCACUAGAGACUUUGUUAACUAAUGUUGCCAGUAAAAGGGCUCCACCAAUAUUUCCAUGGGAAAUGAUGUACGCUUUUGGAAGUGACUCCUAAAAAUAUUGGGUAGGUCCAUAAUCUGCUUCCAGAACACUCACUGAAAUACAUCUCUUGCAUUGCGUGUUUAGGUUUCAGCUUGGCACAGAGACCAUUUGGAGCCACAUAUGUCUGGAGCAGCAUUAUCAAUGCACUUCAGAGCCAAGUUGAAGUGAAAAAGCGGCGUCAGAACCUGAAAUCUUUUAACGACUGUUUUAUUGGCUCCGAUGCAGUAGAUGUCGUCUACUCCCACCUUCUGCAGAACAAAUACUUUGGCGAUGUAGAUAUUUCCCGGACUAAAGUUGUGAGAGUGUGUCAGGCACUGAUGGACUACAAAGUGUUUGAAGCAGUUUCUACCAGAGUCUUUGGAAAAGACAAACGGUCUGUGUUCGAAGAUAGCAGCUGCAGCCUCUACAGGUUUCCAAAUGCGUGUAACCAAAUGGACAGUCCAUUUGGAAAAGAGUAUGGCCGGACUGUGCAUCAAAGGUUAGUACCAAAUGAAGUGCUGAAGAUAUUUGCCAUGUUUUCUUGUUGUUCUAUCUUGAAAGCAGCCUAACCCUAAUCAGACUUACUUUGAACUUGAGUGUUUCAGUAUUAAUUGGGACUUUCUAGUUGUAAGAGGGGAGCCUGGCAGUCCUAUCUUAUGUGCUCAUUUGCUCAGAAGUCAGUCUUGGUUGCUGCUGUGGAUGUAUCUGCACAUCCAAGGUAAUAUUUUAUACACACACACACACAAAUAAAUAAAAGCAAAUCCUUCUUGAAUGGCCCUAAAGUCAAUAGAACUUAAUUCUCUAUGUGGGCUGCAAUCCAAAGAACUGUGUAUGCAGCUUAAAAGGUUAGGAGGGAGGAUGUCUUGUCUAUGGAAGGAAAAAUGGUAAGCAUAAGUUGUUCCACAGUCAACAACUGAGGAAGAUCUACUUUAGCUGAACUCAUGGUGGACUUUGCUUUGAUCUAUCUCUGCAGCUUUGUGCACCAACUCUAUACAUGUCACUGUCACUAUCUGGCCAGGUGCCUCUGUGGAUGUGGAAAGGGACAGUCGGCUCCCCCUACUUGUCAGAAAGACAAGGUGAUUGGUGCUGCUAUUGGCCAUCUGACUAAGUAUGCCUGAGCACAGCCCUGAAUUCAGGAUGCCCUGGGAAUUAUGCAUACAGCACCAAUUUUAAGGAGUUCUCAUCCAACCAAGGGGUGCUGGAGUUGAAGCUAGUUUCCAUCCUUGCUGGAUGUCUAUGUCCGUUUCUCUUAAAUGUAUAUUUUGGCCUUUCAGCGUAAAGCUCCCACAUUGACUGAUGAUACCACUUUGAUGGACAAAGUUGUCCUUUAAAACAAAGAUAAAUAAAAGGACAAUAAAGUCAGUAAAAGCAAAAAGCUGAACAGAAACAAAAAGGCUAUGGCAGCAAAAUUAGUUGCCUAGUGUAAAAAUUUGGACAAUUUAAAAGCUUUAGGCACCUGGUAAUGAAACUAACACACUAGGAACUAGCCAAGUGUUUCUGGGAGUGUUCCACUGUGGGGAUGCCACCAUCAAAUGGGCUCUGUCUCUGAUGCCACCUGUUUACCUCCUGUUGCAGGGAGCAUUCAGACAAGAGCCUCCAGUGAAGAUCUUGCCAGGCAGGCAGGUUCACGUGGUUAUAAAUCUGUGUUUUAAAAUGUCCCCAGGGAUAGAAGGUAGAGCUGCCUGUAGAAGUCAAUGGAGAAAUUGUAGAUUUCAGUGUAGCAGGAACUGAAUACCAGCAUGUCUGCCCCAACCCAAAACAGCUGAGUGAGGACUGAGCAUGCUCAGUGGACACAGAAUGUUGACUGACUGCUGGGGUAAGAGGGAAUGGAUAGGAACAGAAAGAACAAUUUCAUUUUUAUAUAUCUUCCUCUGUCCUCCUCUUUUUAAGCUACUUUCUUCUGCCUGCCCCCACCCCCCGCACAAAACCGUUGCUACGGGGAAGCGGGGCUAGCUGGGUUUUUUGCCCUGGCUGAAACCUCCAGACGGGCACCAUUGAGGCUCCCAGCCUGUGUGUGUUUGUGUGCAUGCAUGUCCGCAAAAGCGAGUGGUGGGGUGCCAAACUGGGUCUUUGACCCAGGUGAAAUAAAGCCUAGUUUUGCCCCUGCCCAUCUGGCCCACUUGACCUAGUUUUCAGUCGAUACAUUUUUGAAGACUGAGCAUACUCAGUACUCAUGGAGGCGGAGCGGUUUUCCUAACAUUUAUUUUGUACGUUCCCAAACCUUGGGAUUUUCUCAAGUCUGCCGAUAGCCCCUCUUUUUUUGUCACUGUUGCUCCUCUUAGCUACAUAAGUGACGACAUUCGAACAAUUGAAUGUGAAUUAGAAUAAGGAUAUGAUUUGAGGCUGCAGUCUUAUACCUCCUUUCCUGGGAGUGAGUUCCAUUCAACUCGGCUACUUUUAAAUAGUAGUAAGAUUGUACAACUUUGGAUAUUUCUGUUUAUAAAACUGUGGUGAAGCAUGACUACAAAUGGGAAGAGGAGGGAAGAGUAUGGUGUUAUUUUUUAAAUCCAAAAGUGACCAUGAAAGUUGCAAGUAGCUGCUGCAUAAUAGUCCCAGCUAGAGAGAGAAGGGUCAAUUUAUUCUCCUCCUCCUCCUCCUUCUCUUAAAAUUUAUAUACUGCCCUAUACCCACAAGUCUCAGGUGGCUCACAGGAGAAAAUCACAAUAUAAAAUACACAAAAUACAUAAAAUAAAAACAACCCAAUUUACACUUCAACUCUGUCAUUGUCAAAUGAAUUUAAGUAUGACUAAUUUCCAUUGAAUCAAGUACAAUUCUUGGAUAGGAUUUUGUUUGUAUCCUUCCAGCUGAUGAGAGAGUGAUGUAUCUGAAGGCACAUGCUGAAGACUCACUCACGUGGACUAAUUAUGAUUACAGGGAGAGUUGUUCUUUUGGUCUAUUAUUAUAUGGGUGAAGUGGACAUUCGAAAUGUGUUAGUGUCUUUUGAGAAUGGAACCAAGGGUGGACACCAAAGUAGAAUGUAAGGAUGUGAGUUUGUGUGUAAUGUAAGAUGACUAACAUGCUUCUAACUCUUAGGAGAAAAGCGUAUGAUGCAUUUAAACCACAUCCAAUGCCUUCUCCCAAAGAAUCCUGAGAACUGGUUUGUUAAGAAUGCUGGGAAAUGUAUCUUUUGUGAGAGGGAAAUGACAGUUCCCAGUAUUAUUUGGGGGAGGGCAUAUGCUUUAAAUGUGUGGUGUGGAUCUGCCCUUAAUUAAAAUUAAACCUGUUGACAAGCGAACUGAGAGGCUUUAUUUGGGUGCAAAUGUGCACAACCCUUGUGAAAGAUGCUGAAUAUUACUUGGUUGUGCUUUACAGUGCAAUCUAUAGCCAGAUAGAAACAAGUUCAUUUGAAUUCAGUGGUGCUUGUUCCCACUAACCUGGAAGUAGGGUUGCCUUAGACAUCACACCUAAGCACCUUUGCUGGGGAGUAAAUCCUAUUGAACUUAGUAGGACUUACUUCUGAGUACACAUAGCUUGGCCCCUUAGAAGCAGUGUUGGAAACUGAGAUAGAAAAGCUAGGAGCCAAAUGGCUCCUGGAAGCUGGAUUACAGGUGCAAAAACAGGAUUGCUAGUCGCCAUUCCCUCCCCGCCCCCAAUGCAGUAGCACUUUAUAUUUAGUUUUUUGAAGCGCAUGAACUAAUACACAAUUCACAUCAGUGACACAUUGUAAAUAUCACAUUUUUAAUGGCAGUUCUUAAUUGGACACUGCAAACAUAAAUGGGGCUCAGCCUCAGCAAUAGUUGCCAACCAUAAGUCAAUACGGGGCUGGGGCUGUGUGUCUUAGCUCAAUAUGUUACAUCACAGCUUCAAGUAAUGCAGUCACAGUUAAAUAUGUCCAUUAUAUCAAACUUCUUAGAAGAAGAGGCCUAACAGCACAAUCUUAACCAUUUCUACACAGAAAUAGAUCCUACUGAAAUAGAACUAGGCAAAUGGGAUUGGGAUUGUAACAGAUUGCUUUUGAUACUCUUAUGACAGGUCAGUUAACAUGUUGUUGUUGUUUAGUCAUUUAGUCGUGUCUGACUCUUCGUGACCCCAUGGACCAGAGCACGCCAGGCACUCCUGUCUUUCACUGCCUCCCACAGUUUGGUCAAACUCAUGCUGGUAGCUUCGAGAACACUGUCCAACCAUCUUGUUCUCCGUCGUCCCCUUCUCCUUGUGCCCUCCAUCUUUCCCAACAUCAGGGUCUUUUCCAGGGAGUCUUGAGGUGGCCAAAGUAUUUGAGUGUCAGCUUCAGGAUCUGUCCUUCCAGUGAGCACUCAGGGCUGAUUUCCUUCAGAAUGGAUGCGUUUGAUCUUCUUGCAGUUCAUGGGACUCUCAAGAGUCUCCUCCAGCACCAUAAUUCAAAAGCAUUAAUUCUUCGGUGAUCAGCCUUCUUUAUGGUCCAACUCUCGCUUCCAUACAUCACUACUGGGAAAACCGUAGCUUUAACUAUACGGACCUUUGUUGGCAAGGUGAUGUCUCUGCUUUUUAAGAUGCUGUCUAGGUUUGUCAUUGCUUUUCUCCCAAGAAGCAGGCGUCUUUUAAUUCCGUGACUGCUGUCACCAUCUGCAGUGAUCAUGGAGCCCAAGAAAGUAAAAUCUCUCACUGCCUCCAUUUCUUCCCCUUCUAUUUGCCAGGAGGUGAUUAACAUAAGGGACACUAAUGUGUAUUCCGUUAUCUUGAGCAUGUAUCUCUUUGGUUCAUUUUUAUGUUUGAAGCGGAAUGUUUGUAUUUUUUGCCCUUCAGCUGAGUAGUCAUGAAUUCAAAGCUCACUUACAGAGACUAUCGCUACCAGGACCUUUCUGGCUGAUGAGCAGAUAACUUGAAUAAUCCAUUUUUCUUUCUUCAGACAGGAGAAAAGAGCAUUACUUAGCAUAACACCAGUGAAAUCAGGAAGCUUGGAGGAUCUCUUGGAAAACUUGAGUCUAACGCCUGUUAGUUCCUCUCAAGUAAAUACCUCUCCAAACUUUUCUCACCAAGGUAAGUGAUGCGCAAACAUCAUAAUUGCUUGCACCCAAGGGAAAGAAUGGAUGCCUUGUUUUAAACUGGUGGGAACUUGCAAAUUUAGCUCCUUUCCACUACCAAAUACAGUGCUUAGAAUAAAAGGAAUACAUUGUGUAGUGUAUUUUCUUGACUUACAGCACAUGCCUAUUGUUUCCCCAUCCUGAUAAAUCGUGCAAGGCCAGCCUCUGACACUGACCCACAACUGUCACAGGGAAUAGAAGUUUGUGAAGUUAAGCUGGAGGGUCUGGUGAUCAGUAUAGACAAGCCCUCACCAGCUCAGUCCAAACUAUGGUAUGUUUUGGACUACAACUUCCAUCAACCCCAGCCAUUUGCUUAUCCAGUGAUGUGCUGCCGUCUCUCCCCAAGCUCUUUAGACUACAGAUAGCAAAACUAUCCCAAGCUAUAAAGGGAAGGGCUGACUGUGGUGGUUUUGAAAAUGGCAUUGCCUCACAUUUUUUACUCGUAGUGGCUAAAAAACUUUUAUGUAUUGCAUUUAUUAUGUAGCCACCCCAGAAUAGAAGUUCCCUGGAUGGCUUACAAAGCAACAAAUAAAAUAAGUGCAUCAUAAAACAAUAAACACUAUUUCAAAUUAUUAUUUUUUAAAAUGAAAUUCAGUUUAAAACUCAGAUUUAAAGCUUAGCCACCAGUAGUGCAAGUGUUCAAAGCUUUUCAUUACCUUUAAAAUUUAGCUGGGUUUAAGAAGGCUUGGAUGUGUUGCUGCCACUAUUUCAUCUUCAUUAAUGGGAAAACCCAAAAUUAGGGUUGUUUUUCUGUAGUUGAAAAUUUAGUCCUGAUUAGAAAAUGCAGCAAGCAGACAAGUUCUUGCUUUUCAGUUCUGGAAUCCUUGAAUGUGGCAGAGGCUCUUGAAGCUAAGGAAUCCAUUGUUCCAACUCUAAAGUCUUCAACAAGGCCUCCUUUCUUUACGCAUCCUUAUUAGCAUGAUUUAUGUGAUUGGAUUCCCUGUGCAGCAAAGAUCAUUCGCAAGUUCCACAGGAAAAAAUGUAAAGCAUGUUGGCUAUGUCCAAAUGCUUGCUGUUCCCUGCAUAAAUUGCUGUUGGUCACCUUCCUUUUACCCUGAUAAAGUACACUUGUAAGUUGAUAAUGCAUUAAUAAGGAAGCAGGUCGCUUAAGUGUUCUUUCAGUGAAGUAUUAAGUCUCUUAGGCUAAAAGACAAAUACUGCAAUAGCAAAUUACUCCUUGACCCCUAAAUAACUUUAGCUAACUGGAUCUUGGCAUUUGAAUUGUGCUUCUAGUUAUUAACGAAGUCUGGAGAGAGCAAACAAUUACCCGCCUCCUGCAGCUUAUAGAUCUUCCACUUCUUGACUCUUUACUUGAGUACCAGAAGGCAGGAUCUAAAUUUCCACAAACAAAGCAAGAGUCUGAAUGUAACAUCACAAGCAACUACCUGGACCGAGAAAUUCUGAAAGCAUUCGGAGACUCUCAGUAAGUAUGUAUGUUGAUGAACAGGAACACAAGAAGCUGAGUUACAGACUAAGUUUACUUUUACCUGCAGGGCAAAUAGCAUCUUUAGAGGCAUGUUUAUUUUGGGGGGAAGGGGGAGGGUUUGGACCAAGAAAAUAGUGUGCUGGAACAGUUACUUUUCCUGCCUCUGUGCUGCAGUUCCCAUUUUAACUGUAUUCACCUCCCAUCCCACCCGCAAGGUGCUUUGAUCUUUUUCUUAAAUGCCACCACUGAAGAUCUUUCCUUCAUCUCUCAGGUCACACCUAGCUUUGGCCCUAAGCUGUUACUAUGACUUCAGUGGGUCUUGGUUAUGGACAGACUUUACCUGGAGUAGGGCCCAUGACUUUGAAAAUAUAGAGACAAAAGAAUUUUCAUUUUCUAGGACGGAUGAAUGGCUGUCGGCAGCAAUAGACUGUCUGGAGUAUCUGCCAGAUCCGAUGGUGGUUGAUGUGAGCCGAAAUUUGCCUGAGCAGCCUGACAAAGUACAUUUUGGGAAGCUGCUGCUGUUUGAUACCAUUGGUAGAUACUAUAGCCAAAAGAAGGAACCACUGUUAAGUCAUGCACCCGAAAUCCACCUGGGCAUUGCAGAGCUGCUAGGUAAGUGCAAUUGGCUUCCAAAUUUCUAGAUGACUACCUACAUUCUUUAUCAAUGUAUACAGACAUGUGGAGUGAAAACUCUUGUAAAAUGCAUACCGUACUGUAUAGCUCAAUGGUAACUGUGCUUUUAUUGGCAAACUUAACAAGUUUGUGGUGAUGGGGAAUUGUCGGUUUUUAAACAGAACAGUAAUGUUGGGUGUUAGUCAUAAACUCCAUCAUUCUUCUUUGUUCCAGUUAAUGGGAAAACUUAUCAAGCUUUGGAAGCGAUUCAGCUCUACUUGAAGUUAUUGGAUAGUACAAGAAGAGAGGAGUUCAGGAGACUACUCUACUUCAUGGCUAUUAUCGCUCAGAAUUCUGAUCUUAAGCUCCAAGCAGAGGCAAGUGUGAUCACUUAGGGCCCCUUCUAAUGUAACCUUCAAUGACAUGUCAGUCUUUGGAGCAGAGCAGUGCCACUAGGUUAAUGUUGGAAAUAUGAGAUUGCUAUGGUGGGAGCCCAUGCCAUGAUUCCUUCCCAUGGUGGCACCGUCCUUUAGAGAAACUGAAGCUCUGAAGUGGGAAGGAGCCAGAAUAUGGGUUCCUCCCACGUGACCUUGGGUUUCCAUUGCUGCUAACCAAUGGAUCAAAGAGUCACACUGCAGCAGUUUCCACACCACCAGACAGAACAUUGUUUUAAUUUACUGUAAUAUUUUAUAUAUAUUUUAAAUCUGAGCUGGGACCUUAUGACAAAGAGUAGGUAAGAAAUAGUGGUUAAUAACAAUAGUAAGCAAUAAUGAUAGUUAACAAUGAUAAAAAAUAAUGGGUCGUUUCCAGUGUGACUAUUCUGCUAGCAUAGUAUUUUCCCUUUCCCGUCCCCUGUGCACCCUCAAAAUCUGCUCCAGAGGGUUGGAGGGAGCCCCUGGAGCAGAUUCUGAAGGUGUGCAAGGAAAGGAGAGAAAGGAAAAGUCCACUUGCACAAUGGGAACUCUGUGCACAGUGUUGGAUACAACCCCUAAAUGACCAAGAACAAUAAUAUUGGGAUGAUUUUAAGCAGACUUAUGCAUAAGCUGUACUGAACUCUAUUAAGCUUACUUCACAAAUUAAGUAACUUGCAUUCACAUAAUUUUCUGUGGUCUUACAAAGCAAACUAUAGGAAACUUGUGUUUGAAAACAGAGUAAGUAAGCAGGGAAACACUCCUUUAAUCAUUUCACCCCUAUUUUGUAGAGCGACAACCGGAUGGUUGUGAAAAGAACUUUCUCCAAAGCCAUAGUCAACAAUAGAAGUUUAUCUAAAGGAAAAACUGACCUUCUAAUUUUGUUUUUGGUGGACUACCAGAAAGAUGUAUUAAAAGUAAGUGCCUUAAACCUUGUUCCCCUGCUGUUGCUUGUUACUGAAUUAUCUUCCUAAAUUUUAAUGACUAAAAGAAGCUGUUGUUUUUCUCCAAGAUCCCAGGGACGUUGCAUAAAAUGGUUAGUGACAAGCUUGUGGCUAUACAGCAGGGGAAAGAUUCCAACCUGAAUACAGGUAACCAUGUAUUUAAUAACAUUUAAGUCCUUGGCUGGGGAAUCGGUGGCCCUCUACCUGUUGUUGGACUACAGCUCUCAUCAGACCUGACCAUUGGCCAUGCUGGCUAGGACUGAUAGGAGCUGAAGUACAGCAACAUCUGGAGGGCCACAAGUUUCCACAUCCCUGUUUUUGAAUCACUUCUAAAGAAACCUCUGGCAAAACCUGGAAUAAUCUUAUCUUAAUUGACUCUACCAUUUAUUUGAACGUAGUGAGAAUGAAACUUGGUAAGGCUUGGCUUGGGUUAGUGAUGCAUUGGGGCCCAUUCAGCAAUGUGGUUCUAUGAAAAUGCAAGCUAAUUAAGUAGACUGAGAUGAAAGCAGUUGUGAGAUGGUCAAGAGCAUGAGUGGGAAAUCCCUGGUCCCAAUUUCUUUAGCCAUGAGAUUACUAGGUGGUCUUAAGCAAGAUAUUCAGCCUACGUCCUUUAUCUGUAAAAUGGGGGUAAUACUGGACUACCUUCCAGAGUGAUAUAGGGCAAGGGUGGGGAACAGGAUCCAGCUUAGGAGGGGGGCAAAUUCUGAGGCCCCCCCCACAUGUCACUUUGCUAGGUAGGUAGGGCUACCCACCUGUCAGUGGCCUGUUGUCGUGUUACAUCUGAUAACGUCAGUAUGAGGGAAACAUGAGAAUGUGUUCCUGUUGUGGCAGGGAUCAGCUCAGCUCAGAAGGUGUGGGGCCAUGUGGGGAAGGGUGGAGGGAAACGACUUCACUUUCACAAGCCAAAUUAGGAUCCCUGGCAGGCCAGAGGCUCCCCAUGCCUCUGCUCUAUGAGAAUACUGUAUAUCAAUGACAAGAGUUACCACUAUACUUUUAUGAAUGGUUUUUCAUGCUUGCUUUUUAGGAUAUACUUUCUGCCAGCAACUUGACAAAAGUGAGUAUCAUCACAGUGCAAAGAAGACUACAAAAAGGGAACUUGUAUCUUUGCUAAAAUCUAUUGAUGAGGACUCCAGUCUCUCUGCCAAAGAGCGGAAGAGGUUGCUUGAUCAAUUCUAUGCUAGUAAUCCAGCUAUCUUUUUGCAGUAUUUUCAUGACAGAGGUACCGAUGGAGGUGUCGAACUUUAGCUCUAGAAGGAUACUGGGAUACUAAUAACUUUUGGAAGCACUUAUUUUGUAUCUUUUUAAUUUUUUUGUAUUGUACUUAAAUAAAAGUGGUUUUGUAAUAUGGAGUCCCCAUGUAAUAACAUUAUUUAAAAAUAAUUAAAGCUUCUAUUUAAAUCUUAAUUGUUCAGAUUCUUGAUUUUAAAAAAACAAACAACCGGGGUUGGGGAGGGAAGUUUAGG